AAGAGAACAAGUGAUUUCUUUGCAAGGCAAAAAGAUGGAAAAUGCUCAACUUCAAGGUGAAGUUCCUGUUGACCUCUUCAACCUUCCAAAUUUGCAGACUGUGGGGCUAAAACACAACGGGUUAACUAGCGCCUUGUCUAUAGGCAUGGAAUUUAGCAACCAGCUAAGCCUCAUAGAUUUGCAAAAUAAUGAGAUUACUGAGUUCAAUGGAACAGAAGGAAACAACAUUCAGAUAAGCUAUCUUCUAUUGCACCUUAGUAUCUUUCCAUAUGGCCAAGAUAGAUUCAAUCGAACAGGGAUUUCUACAAUUGCAUUUAUAUUUAGCAACCAGUCUUACAAGCCACCAUCUAAUCUUGAUGGACCUUAUUUCUUCCUUGCCCCUAAAAUCUCCAAAAAAUCAACUAUUGGCAUCAUUAUUAGAGCGGCUAUUGGUGGCUUUGUGCUCCUACUACUUUCACUGCUUGCUGGGGUUUAUGCUUUUCAUCAAAAGAAGAAGGCAGAAAGAGUAAGCCUAGAGAGCAAGCCUUUUGCACACUGGGAUGUUAAGAAAAGCAACAGAAGCAUUCCUCAAUUAAAAGUUUCAAGUUGUUUCUCUUUUGAGGAGCUUAAGAAAUAUACAAAUAACUUUUCAAAGGUCAACGAUAUUGGAUUCGGGGAUUAUGGAAAGCGCCUUACUGCUAAAGUUGCCGAUUUUGGUCUUUCCAAGCUUAUAAGUGACAGUGAAAAAGGUCAUGUUACCACUCAAGUCAAAGGGACAAUGCAACUAACUGAGAAGAGUGAUGUUUAUAGUUUUGGGGUGCUUUUGUUGGAGCUGGUAAUUGGAAGAAGACCAAUAGAGCGAGGGAAGUAUAUUGUAAGAGAGGUGAGAAUGGCAAUGAAUAAGACAAAAGGCUUGUAUAGUUUUCAUCAAAUUCUUGACCCAGCCAUUGCAGAUACAAGCCUGAAAGGUUUAGAAAAGUUUGUGGACCUAGCAAUGAGCUGUGUGGAAGAAUUAGGAGUUGACAGGCCUACAAUGGGUGAAGUGGUAAAAGAGAUUGAAAACAUCAUGCAGAUUGCCGAGAUGAAUCCCAAUGCUGAGUCAGCCAAAAGUUCGUCAAGUUAUGAGGAGGCAUCGAAGGGAAGUACCCUCCAUCCAUACAGUGAUGAGUCCUUCGCUUAUAGUGGUACAUUUCUAGUUUAAAAAGUUUGAACAUAUGUUGAGUUUGGUUUAAGUUUAGUUUUUGGAGAAUUGAACAACUUCUGUGUCUAGCAUUCGGUUUAACAGCAGGACAUAUAUACAUACAUAUAUAUAUAUAUAUAGAUAUAGAUAUGUCUUUUGUAUUGUUUCUCUUUCGUUUGCUCAAUUUGAUAGAAGAUCGAAAAUUAUUGUCAUUGUGUAGAAACAGAGAGGAUUGCCAUUGAGGUGCUCAAAUCUCAAAAUCGAGCUCAAAAUUUUCUCUUCCAUGAUCGACGAUCGAAGACCAGAUUUUCGAAGAUUGAAUCAAGCACAGAUAAGGAAAUGAUCAUCAGAAACACAGAAGAGCAAAAAGACUCAAAAGUCAUGUUCCAGGAGAGAAAGAGAGAAACAAAGCACUAAGCAAACA